CCAACGCCACUUCCCCAACGGGCAACGGCCCGACCCCAAGGUUUUGAAACUCGCCGAGCCACGCCGCACACGAAGCCAAGGGAAAUCACCAAAUCCCCCACAAAUUCCCCACUCGAUCCGAUCCCCGAACUCCUCCCGGUCUCGCCGCCGACGGACACACAUGCGGCGCGACGAUGCCGCAGGCGGCGGCGGCGGCGGGUUCCACGAGCUGUUCGACUCCGUGCGCCGCUCCAUCUCUUUCCGCGCGGGCGCCGCCGUGAUCGACGAGCCCGCCGCCUCCCACUCCUCUUCCUCCGCCGCCGCGGGUGGCGGAGGGUUCAGGGAGCGGAUCAGCAGCCGCCUCCGCAGGUCGCGGGGGAUGGGGCUGCUCGGGAUGGCGGCCAAGAGCCCCUCGCCCACGCGCCGCCUCCUGCCUCCGCCGUCGGUGCCGCGGCCCGCUCCCGUUGCCGCGGCGUCGGCCUCCGACGAAUGUGGAGGGGUAGGGGGCGAAGGAACUGGCGGAGGAGAGGAGAACCCGCCGAUCCGGUGGCGGAAGGGCGACCUCAUCGGGAGCGGCGCGUUCGGGCAGGUCUACCUUGGCAUGGACCUCGACUCUGGCGAGCUCCUGGCUGUCAAGCAGGUUCUGAUCGGAAGUAGCAACGCGACGAGGGAGAAGGCCCAAGCACAUGUAAGGGAACUUGAGGACGAAGUGAAGAUGCUUAAGAACCUCUCACAUCCUAAUAUUGUUAGAUAUAUUGGCACGGUACGGGAGGAGAAUACACUAAAUAUUUUGUUAGAAUUUGUUCCUGGAGGUUCGAUACAGUCGCUACUUGGGAGGCUUGGAUCAUUCCCUGAGGCUGUCAUCAGAAAGUAUACUAAACAGCUUUUGUAUGGCUUGGAGUAUUUGCAUCGGAAUGGAAUCAUACAUAGGGAUAUAAAGGGAGCAAACAUACUUGUUGAUAACAAAGGAUGCAUUAAGUUAGCAGAUUUUGGGGCAUCUAAACAAGUAGAAAAGUUGGCAACUGCAACUGCUGCAAAGACGAUGAAAGGCACACCAUACUGGAUGGCACCAGAGGUCAUUGUUGGAAGUGGUCACAAUUGUUCUGCUGAUAUAUGGAGUGUUGGGUGCACUGUUAUUGAAAUGGCGACAGGCAAAGCCCCUUGGAGUCAUGAAUAUCAAGAGGUUUCUCUUCUUUAUUAUGUUGGGACGACGAAAUCACAUCCACCUAUACCAGAGCAUCUCUCUCCAGAAGCCAAGGAUUUUCUGUUAAAAUGCUUACAAAAAGAACCAGAAAUGAGAUCGGUUGCAUCAGACUUAUUGCAGCAUCCAUUUAUUACAGGAGGUAUGGGGGAUUUUUGUCAGCUUAAUCAUGCUGCACCCAAGGAAAUCACCAGCAAUGAGCCUAAUACUUAUGUAAUGCCAACUGACGAAUUGGACUUGAGUCGUCCAGGCAAGCUACGCAACUUGAAUUCUUACAAGUCAUCAGACACCAGACCAUUGUGGGAUCGGCACUGCAAUGAUCAGUUUCCUGACAAUGAAGACGUCCCAAUGGUUGGAUCAAGUUUCAAUCCUAUGUGUGAACCAUCUGUUGAAUGGGAAAGAAAACUUGACAUAAGCCCAGAACAAGUUAGUCAAUCAAGGGAGUUCGCUGGAUUACCCAAACUUGCAGAAAGUCAGAUGUCUCAAAAUGAUUUUACCUUCCCUUGUGAAGGAAGCUGUGAAGAGGAUGAUGAAUUUACAGAAUCAAAAAUAAAGGAAUUUCUGGAUGAGAAGGCUUUGGAUCUAAAGAAACUACAGACACCUUUAUAUGAAUUCUACAACACAGUGAAUGCUGGAAUUUCUCAAGGAUUUAGUGAUGUUUGCCAAGCAAGCAACAUGACCAAUGCCAUGCUGACCCCUCGAGCAAUUAAGAUGGUGGGAGGUGCAUCAAUAGAGCCAAUUUGUGUUAAUCUGAAUAAUGCCAGUCCAAAGAGUUACACUAGGCGCUCCUCAAGAAGCAGUGUGGAGAACAGUCGUGUCUUGAGAGAAAUAGCUUCACCUCGACUCAAUAAACUUGAGGAUAAGCUAGUCCAUGAUGAUAUUCAAGACAAUAGCCUCAGCUUUUCGGAAAUACAGAAGAAGUGGAAGGAAGAAUUAGACCAGGAACUUAGAAGAGAGAGAGAGAUGAGAUCGAGUGGCUAUGGUAAAGUGUCAUCACCAUCUCCAAGGACCCGAAGAUUGACAGGAAAACGAGAUCGCAGUCCUGUAUACUGAAUGGAAAAUAGCAAUGUAAUCAGCAGGACUGGAUGGUAUCUGACUAACCUCACAAUGUCAGCGAUUGGUGGCCAUGCUGGUACAGUGCAGUGCCUAAAACCUUUCGUGUGACCUGACAAAACCUAGCAACCAAAUCCUUUUGGUGCUUGUAAGGUAAAGAAGCUCGAGAGAGCCACUUCUAAGUGGACAGUGGAACGAGGGCUGUCAUGAUCUGCAGCGGCUGCCUUUUGCAGCGCUGUAUUUCUCGGAUGAAAACAGUGAGGUGGCAGUUUUAAGCAAUGACAAGCUUCAUGCUCCACGUUUUGUGAUUGCGGAAGAAGUGGUGUGCCUGUUGUAAAAUUUUCUUCCCUUUUUAAUCUUGUAUAAGCAGUCAUGUAAUAAGCCAUGUGAUUCCACACUGUUGACGUGCUAUAUUUGUGCAGCUGGCAUAGCCGCAUAAGUGCCAUCUCCCCGUA